CUACCACUGGAGAUACAACAACAGUGACUGAUGAUGCUACUACUGAAGGUACAACAACAGUGACUGAUGAUGCUACUACUGAAGAUCCAGCAACAGUGACUGAUUCUGCUACCACUAAUGAUAUAACACAUGUGUCUGAUGAUGUUACCACUGAUGAUACAACUACACUGGCACCAACAAGUACAACAGCUGAUGUCGUAGCUGCUGAAACUACAUUCCAAAUGUAUCCCAGUGGUGAGGAGGAGGGUGAUAUACGUCUUCGGAAUGCAUUUUAUACAUCAUCAGGUGCUGUAACCGCCCCAAGGGGGGUCUACUUUGGCCAUAGAAAAUACAAACAUAUAUAUGUGUCAUCAAAUGGCUUAAUAAGUUUUGGCAGGCCAAACUUUCAUUGGUGGCCCAGGAAGUUUCCUCUUGGAAGGCGGAAUUCAGCUAUUCUAGCCUCGUUCUGGGGCAAUCAUGACACACGCGAAAGUUUGCCAUCUUCUGGUGUUCAUUAUCAGACGUACACCAUAGACGAUGUCUUGAAUGAGAAAGGCCAAUUGUUACUCCAAGUUGCGAGUAAAGAAGUGAUGAGGUUUACAAAUGUUGCAGAUUUUGAGGCAACUUGGAUGAUGAAAGUAACUUGGAAAGGUGUUUUCCCCUACCCAUAUUACUGCUACAAUCCAAAUGCUCAAUACGGUGAAUCACCAGAUCGUAUUGGUAACUGACGGUAUUCGGACAUACGCUUUGUUCAAUUAUGGAAAGAUGGCCUGGCGCACAUGGAAAAAUGUUAAUAUCGGCUUCGAUGCUGGGGAUACAGAAAAUUUCUUCAACCAUUAUUUGUUUGGCGAUGAUGCUCUUCUAGGCAUUGACAACAUGAAAGGAAACACUGGUUUGAAUGGGAAAUGGCUAUUCCGACUUGAUCUAAAUGGUGACAACCGGCCAAACUUUGAACAGAAGUGCGUUUCCUGGGCUGUAAAAGAUCGUCAAUCCUCGCCUCAAAACUUAGCUGGUGGGUGGGGAAGAUGGGAUGUCGAGCCUUGCCCUUGCACGGUCAGGCAGGCGUGGAGAGACAGACGGUUUAGAAUGGAUUGGUGGUCAUUGUGUGCCCACCAGAGGUUCCCCAGUCAAUAUGGCUACGGCCAGUCAUGCUGCUACAACAAUGAUUGGUGGACGAAUUGGUGGUCUUGGGGGACAUUGUUGACGGAUGCCAGAUACGGGGCUGGACAUUUUGAGCGGUAUCACAACAGGUUUUAUAGCAGACAACACAAGGAUGAAGACACCCUUCCACGGUACUAUUGUUGUGAGGCGUCAGAUAACUGCCAGUUAUUUACGGAGUUGAGACCAGUGGAUACAUGCCAGGCAUAUGUGCCGCCUCGUUGGUCUUGGUUCUGGGGCGAUCCUCACGUUCGUACAUUAGAUGGAAAGACAUACACAUUUAAUGGUUUGGGAGAAUACUGGUUGAUCAAGACCACUGAUGACUAUUUCACACUCCAAGGGAGAACGUCCAAAGCGUUGACAUCUAAUGGAACUGCAACAAAAGCAACUGUGUUCACAGCAUUUGCUGCAAAAGAAGAAUCGUCAGAUCAAUUUUAUGUUGAAUUAGCAGAUAACAUGGUUGAUUUGAUUAUACGCGUAAACGGGGAGGAUGUAACAAAUGCCGUGGAGCAGCUAGCCAAUGAAGAACCACCAACUACGCUGGAUAAAACAAGUUUAAGUUUGGGUGUCGACUCAGAUGGAGUAGUUACAGCAUCAUUUGCUACUGGAUUCUCAUUGAACGUGUCUGUAUCUGUGAGGAGUUUAAGCAUCACAAUAACAGCGCCAGUGUUAGUGAAUUCUUCAAUUACAACAGCAGGUCUCAUGGGGACACUCAAUGGGAAUACGUCAGAUGAUUAUACAAAACCAAAUGGUGAAGUACUUCCAGAGAACAGUAUUGAUACAGACGUCUAUCGUGACUUUGGGGAGCUAUGGAAGAUAACACAGAUCGAAUCGAUCUUUUGGUACAGAGAUGGUGAGACAACCGGGAACUUCUCAGAUGCUUCCUUCGAGCCUCUCUUCUUAUCAAACUUCACUGAGGAAGAGCGGAAUGAAGCAAACACUAAAUGCAAAGAUGAAAUAGCGUGUGUAUUUGACUACCUUGCAACAGGGGACGAGAGUGUAGCGAAUGCCACGUUAUCAACAGACCUGGUAAAUACGGCCGAUGCAAAGGUGUCAGAGAAUUUUGCUCCAAGACUGAGUGUUGAAGCACUUCAGAACUUUACUGUCGGUUUUGAAACCACAUUUGAGGUGUCAGCAUUUGAUAAUGACAGUAAUUCUGUGUUUAUUCUCCUCACAUCUUCGUUGCCCAUUGGAGCACAAUUUGAUAAUCAAAGUGGUGUUUUCAACUUUACGCCAUCAAGUAUUGCACCAUUCAACGUAUCUUUUGUGGCUGAAGAUGAUUUGGGAGCCAGAUCUCCAGAGACUAGACUUGUGAUUUGGAUAUGCUCCAAUUGUACGAAUGGGAAUGGACUGUGCAAUUUCGGAACAGAGUCAGAAGAACAAACUGAUACUACUGGGUACUUCUAUGAAGCGAUGUGUGAUUGUAAUACUGGCUGGGAAGGAGACAAUUGUGAGGUUGACAUAGAUGGUUGUGAAGGUGGACCCUGUGGUGAGGGUUCUAACUGUACAGAUGUUACACCUUCAGAACAGCAGAGAACUGGAAAUUCUUUUAAUUGCUCACAGUGUCCUGGCGGCACUAUCAAUGUGGACAACAACUGUUUAGAUAUUGAUGAAUGUGUCAAUGCUACUCUUAAUGACUGUCAACAAGAAUGCAUCAACAAGAAGGGAGGUUAUUCCUGUGAAUGUCUACCUAGGUUUACAUCUAUCAACACCACGCACUGUCAAGAUAUCAAUGAGUGUAGUGAAGGUACUAGUGGAUGUGAACAAAUAUGUAGCAAUACUGAGGGUAACUUCACGUGUGCCUGCGAAGAAGGAUUUUCACUUAAUGCAGAUGAAAAAUCCUGUCAAAGAGAUGCGGCUUCGCUUGGACCUUGUCAUGAUGUAGGAUUAACCUGUGCAUAUGGAUGUAGGAAUACGUCAAGUCCACCAGUUUGCUUCUGUAAGAAUGGAUACAACCUCACUGAUGCUGAAAAUUGUACAAAUAUAAAUGAGUGUGAGCUGGGUAUAGAUGGCUGUUCUGGAGUGUGCACAGAUAUGGAUGGUAGCUUCCAGUGCAGUUGUGGUGCAGGGUUUCAGCUGGGCAAUGAUCAGAAGUCAUGUCAAGGCUGUGACUCCACACACUGGGGCAUCGAUUGUGCAAAUCUUUGUGAGUGUGGUAGUCGAGCCAGACAAUGCAAUGCCAGCAUAGGAUGCACUGACUGUGUACCAGGUUGGGGAGGAGAGAACUGCGAGGAAGACAUAGAUGAAUGUGCUAACAUUACAAUAUGUGGUGAUAAUGCUCAAUGUAUAAACAAUAAUGGGUCGUAUGCGUGUCUUUGCAAUGCAGGAUUUCAACAGGAGGGUGAUAUAGUAAAAUGUGUAGAUAUAAACGAGUGUGUCUCAUUGCAACCUUGUGAUCCAAAUGCUGAUUGCACAAACGCACAAGGAUCUUUUGACUGCACAUGCAAGUCUGGAUAUGAUGGCAAUGGUACAGAGUGCGAAAACAUCAAUGAAUGCAGCAACGGCACAUGUGGAAACAAUGCUGUGUGUACCGAUACACCAGGCUCUUAUAUAUGCUCUUGUGAAACGGGCUAUGCAAAGAUCAAUGAAACAUGCCUGGAAACUACUACAAUCACAGUAACAACCAAUGAACCAACUACUAAUAUGAUGUCUACUGCAAAUGUAACGUCUGGAGCUACAUCAAGAUCUUCAGCAAAUGCAACUAGUGUUACUACAUCUGCAAGUUCAGAUGUUACAACUGCUCAAAAGACUGCUCAAAAUGCUACAGCAACAGUAACGGACGGGUCAUCUACAUCAACUCCUACGACAGACCAAGAAUCCACGCAAAACUCAACAGUUGACGCUACUGAGGCUUCCACGCAGACCUCUAUGAAUAAUACGACAUUAAUAAGUAGUACUGAUGGUGUUAAAACCACACCUAGCGGAACUGAUGAUGCAAAUACUAUCACAGUAGAUAUACAGUUUGAUAUGACAUUUAAAUCUGUGUAUGAUGACCCCAACAAUACUGAAACAAUUGCUCUAAAUGACACUUUAACAGCCAUGUUCUUCCGAAUCUACAGCCGAGUGAGACGUGUCGAACUCAACAAUGUGGUCAUCACAGAAUUCUAUAAUGGGAGUGUAGGUGUAAAGCACGAUCUCACGUAUGCCUCUCCCCUGGAUUCUGAAAGUAAAUCAAACGUUGCUUUGGAGCUCAUAUCUUCCAUCGAACAGGGAGGAGGUAACCUUACGGCUCCUAAUGGGGGUGUGUAUGUUGUAAAAGGAGAACCAAUUGUAGUGCAAAAUGGAAAACCAGUUGUCAUCAGUUCUGUGUGUUCCGUCUAUGAAAGUGAAAGUUUAUGCAGGAAUGGUGGAGUAUGUAUAGAAGAUAAUAGUUCACCACGAUGCAGUUGUACGUUUAUGUACACGGGCACAUAUUGUGAAGACUCGAAUCUCCAAUCAGUACUCGCUGUAGUGCUGGGAACUGUUGGUGGAAUUCUCCUUCUCUUGGUCAUAAUCCUUACAGUAUGCAUCUGUAGAAAACGACGAAGGAAUAAAGAAACUCAGAGAGAGAGAGACAGUGUUUCAGAUCGUGAUUGGAAAUCAUUUGGUUAUGGUGUUUAUAAUCGCAGUCUAACGAAAGAGCCCUACAAAGAUUUUACAGGUGCACCAGUUGAUAAAAUUAGAGGACCCUCUCCAAAGAGCGGAGACACCAACAGAAUACACAGAUGGAUGAGAGUUGACGAGCCCUUAAAUGUUGUUGCAUCAAAUGACGACACCCCGUGGUAUAUGGGAUUAGAUACACAAAUGGAUUUCAAAAUUGAUAGACCAGUUGUGAACACUCAUAGCCCACCAGUACCUCCAAAAAGAUACUUCGAUGACAGAGCAACAAAUGUGCAUCCAACUAACACACAUGAAGAUAGAAACAGUCCAUACAAAAAUAAUAAUAACGCAUUUUUCAAUAGAUAUGAUUAUUAUUAAGACCAGUGUGAUGGAGGCUAAUCUCCACCUCAUGGGCUUUAAACUAACUGUUUCACUGAUUAAGUAUUUAUUUGAUAUCCAAGGUUUGAUAUUCAGUUUACACUGUUUAUUUAGAAUAUACUAUGGCAUGGAUAAGGUUGGAUUCAAUGUAAUUAUAAAAGAAUACUAUAUCAUUGGAAUUUCUGCAAAUGGAACAUUUGAUAUUUGAAUUUUAAAAUACUAUCCCAA